CUGGUGCAUCUGAGCUGCUCGCACCUAGUGCACUGGACAUACAAAGAAGGAGAGCUGGAUGAAGAGCACUGGGGAAAGCACUUUGCAGACUGUGCUGGCAGGCACCAAUCUCCCAUUGACAUCCAGAGGAAAAAAGCGAAGUACAACCUCCAGCUGCAGCUGGAGCUGAGCGGUUACGACGGGCCUUUGCAGGGGGAAUUCACAAUGACCAACAACGGUCACUCUGUUCAGAUUGAUUUGCCACCCACCAUGCACAUCUCCAGAGGGCUCCCAGGCCGCUACGCAGCCGUACAGAUGCAUCUGCACUGGGGUGGCCUGGACCUGGAGACCAGCGGCUCUGAGCACACCAUAGACGGGAUGAGAUACUUUGCAGAGCUGCACAUCGUCCACUAUAACUCUGCUAACUACUCCAGCUUUGAAGAAGCCAAAGACAAACCAAAUGGAUUGGCUGUGCUUGCCUUCCUGUAUACGGAUGGGCACUUUGAGAAUACCUACUACAGUGAAUUCAUUUCCAAACUGGCAAAAAUCAAGUUUGCAGGUCAAUCAACAAAGCUCACUUCUCUGGAUGUCCAAGCCAUGCUGCCAGAAAACCUCUCAUACUUCUACAGGUACCAGGGCUCGCUAACAACCCCUCCUUGCUCCGAGAGUGUCAUCUGGACCAUCUUUCACUCUCCAAUUGUUCUGUCACACACACAGAUCAGCCUCCUGGAGAACACCCUCCUGGACUGGCACAACAGGACGCUGCGCAACGACUACCGGCACGCUCAGCCCCUCAACGGGCGGGUGGUGGAGUCCUCCUUCAGAGCCAAACUCACCCAAGCAGGAAACGUAACAGCUGGCUUUUUGGUUAUUUCAGGCACUAAAUCCAGCACUUUUCCAGCUUUCUACUUCCCUGUGGAAAACAUCGAGAGUUUUGUGAAUGUUCAUCCCCUCCACGAUAUGUCUCUCCAAGCCUUCACCUUAUGUUUCUGGACAAAAGCCCAACAUGCCGGCAGCCAGACUGUCCUUUCCUACUCCACACAGGAGAGGGAUAACGAGCUAGUGAUGACUGUGGGCACAGAUGCGGGACUGUGGAUAGGAGGCCAUUUCAUCAGCUUCCCCCUGUACCACAAGGCACAAGACUGGCUGCACUACUGCAUGGCAUGGGCUUCCCAGUCUGGAAUGGCAAAUUUAUGGCUCAAUGGAGCAGCUGGUAAAGCAAAGAGUAUCCAGAAGGGGUAUGUGAGCCAGGCUGGAGGGACGCUUGUCCUUGGGAAAGACAGAGACACUCUUCUUGGGACUUUCUCCAAUGGUUUUGCGGGGUGGAUGACUCACGUGAACCUGUGGAGCCAAGUUCUCAGUCCUGCGGAUGUUCGGGCACUUGCACUGUGCAAGCCAGGGCAACUGAGGGGAGAUAUCAUAGCGUGGGGAGAAACCACCAUGACCCUCUUGGGUGGGGUGGUGCUGGAGCCUGACACCAGCUGCCAGUGA